AUGGCGCCCACCAAGCCCAAAGUUCUCAUCGUCGGCGCUGGAAUCUUCGGUCUUAGUACGGGGUACUACCUCGCCGAGGAUGGCUACGAUGUCACCCUCUUCGACCAGCACCCGUAUGACUCGGAGCAGGGGUACACCUAUGUCCCGACGUCCACCGCCGCGUCCGUCGACCCGAACAAGGUCUUCCGUGCGUCGUACGGCGAUGAGCUACACUAUCAGCGGCUGGCCUACGAAGCACGCGACGUCUGGAAGCGGUGGAAUGCGGAGCGUGGGCCGGGGCGCGAACUCUUCGUCGAGUCUGGCAUGUUGCGCAUUCAGAGUUCGAGCACGCUCGACGACGUUGAGCGCAAGACGCAGGCGAACAUGGCGAAGGAGGGGCUGAAGGAUUCGCAGUACGUGCUGUCCAGCGAGGCGGACGUGCGCAGGGCCACCGAUAAUGGCUGGGGCAGCAAGCUGCGCCAGUUCGCGAUUCCCGGGACGGAGAAGGAACAUUACGAGGCUGUACUAGAUACGUCUGCGGGCUAUGUGCAUUCGAGCGAGGCGUGUGCCUACCUGGCCGAGAAGUUACGCCCCCUUGGCGCGAAGUUUUUAUUCGGUCCAGAGAAGGGUACCUUCAGUUCGUUCAAGUUUAAGGGCUCGGGCGAUUCAAGGAAGAUCGUCGGUAUCAUCACCAAAGAUGAGAAGGAGCACCCCGGAGACUUGGUUGUCGUGGCUGGUGGAUCUGCGACCCCUAUGAUUGUUCCAGAAGCAAGCGAAGUGGUUGAGGCUACAGCUGGAAGUGUGCUCACCAUCGCUCUUCCUCCGCGUGAACAAGCUCCCGAGCUGUGGGACAAGUACUCUGCUGCGCAGCAUCCUGUUAUAGUAGGGCAUAUUCGGGAUCCCGGUGGGGGGGAAGUCGGCCCCCGUAACAUAUACGCGUUCCCUAGGACCGACGACGGGUUUGUCAAGGUCGGGUACCGGGUGACGAAAUACACCAAUUAUGCUACACUCCCUGGAUGUUCACGUCCCAUUUCCAUCCCGCUUCGUCCCGGUGUCGACGACACCUCCCUCCCGCUCAACUCUGUUCAGGCGAUCAAAGAGUUCGUGUCAAACUUCAUGCCCGAGCUUGCACUUCUCCCCAUCGCAUAUACCAGGCUGUGCUUCUACACCGACACGGUCGACAACUCGUUCCUCGUCGAUUACGUCCCUGGCUAUGGGGACUCGCUCGUUCUCUGUACGGGCGGCAGCGGGCACGGCGCCAAGUUUACGCCGAUUCUAGGCAAGUACGUCAAGGACGUCAUAGAGAAGAAGCCCAAAAUUGAACUCACAUAUACUUGGCGCUGGCGUGCGGAGCUUCCUCUGGGCAAUGGGCUCGAAGAGGGGCCGUCAGGUCCCAGGAGGCUCGACAAGCAGGUGAAGUCUACGCUUGCCGAUUUGACGCGUGCUGGUUUGUAG